AUGAAACUACCAUCUGUGCAUCUUGGCGUAGAGGAAAUUGGUACAGUGAAUUAUGAAAUUGCGAAUUUGAUACACUGGAGGAAGCAUUUCGGGAAUGUUGUGCUUAUAAUGUUCUACAAUGGACCAGUCGAACGAACUGCUUUGGAAUGGAGAUUGCUAUAUGGUAGGAUAUUUAAGACAGUUAUCAUAUUCCCAAGGCAAAGAAAUGUAGAUCUUGCUGUGGAAGAAGGCCAGUUGGACCAUGCUUACAAUUAUCUGCCGAAAUUAUUUGAUAGAUAUAAUGGAUUCAGCUCAGUGAUUGAGGCUAUUGUGAAUGACCGCCGACUAGUUAUGUUACCCCAAAAGGGCGACCAAUUCGUGAAUUCUAAGCUAGUACAUGGAGACCAUAAGGCUGGAGUGAAGGCCUAUCAAGUUGCAAGGAAAAUUGUGGAGAUAUUUAGUGUAUUAGACGAGUCUGAAUCUAGACGUAAAGCAAAAAGAAGAGUUAAUAGAAAGAAGAAGAAGAAGAAAGCUUCUAAAUGGGCAGGCGAGACUGCUGAAAAUGGAACUAUCGAAGAUGAAGUUGGUUUGAUACACUGGAGGAAGCAUUUCGAGAAUGUUGUGCUUAUAAUGUUCUGCAGUGGACCGGUCGAACGAACUGCUUUGGAAUGGAGAUUGCUAUAUGGUAGGAUAUUUAAGACAGUUAUCAUACUCCCAGGGCAAAGAAAUAUAGAUCUUGCUGUGGAAGAAGGCCAGUUGGACCAUGCUUACAAUUAUCUGCCGAAAUUAUUUGAUAGAUAUAAUGGUGUAGAUGGAUUUUUAUUUCUUCAGGAUGAUACUAUUCUUAAUUACUGGAACUUGUUGCAAGGGGAUAAGACUAAGCUCUGA